UUAGUUCUUAUCGUCAACGCAAAAACCCACCGGCUAUCGGCAAUCGGCGUCACCAUCGAUCCUUUUUUCUUAUACUUUACGCUUCCUCAUUCCGCUGAUCGAUAUUGACCACAACAAUGGCUUCCGAAGAACAAGUGAAGAAUUCCGCAUUCGAUACAGAGGCUGCUAACUGUUUAGUCAAGGAGUUGAGAGGCACUGUUGUCGCUGGAAAAACGAAGAGCUACGAAUGGAGAGUGAAACAGUUGAAGAGCUUGUUGAAGAUGGUGGAAGAGCGCGAUAAGCAGAUUUGCGAUGCUUUAUUCUCUGACCUCUCGAAGCCUGAGAUGGAAGCUUUCAUCCAUGAGAUUGCUCUGAUAAAAAAUUCAUGCAAGCUGUCACUGAAGAAACUUAAAGAGUGGAUGAAACCAGAAAAAGUGAAAACUACUUUAAGCACUUUUCCUUCAUCAGCAGAAAUAGUCCCAGAACCUUUGGGGGUUGUUUUGGUCAUUUCAGCAUGGAACUAUCCUUUCUGUAUCUGGGAAUGCUGUUGUUCUGAAGCCCUCAGAAAUUGCUCCAGCCAUGUCUUCAUUGCUGAAAACCUUCUAGAAGAAUAUCUGGAUAAUUCGGCUAUAAAAGUUGUUGAAGGUGGUGUUCCUGAAACAUCUGCACUUCUGGAACAAAAAUGGGAUAAAAUCUUCUAUACAGGGAAUGGGAGAAUUGGGCGAGUUGUCAUGGCUGCUGCUGCAAAACAUCUGACACCUGUAGUCUUGGAACUUGGAGGCAAAUCUCCUGUUGUGGUUGACUCAAACAUUGACUUAACUGUGACAGCAAGGCGUAUAAUUGGAGGUAAAUGGGCAUGCAACAAUGGACAAGCUUGUGUUGCUCCUGAUUACAUAAUAACAACAAAACAAUUUGCUCCCAAGUUGAUAGACUCUAUAAAACAUGAGUUGGUGAAAUUUUAUGGGGAGGAUCCUCUGAAUUCCCCGGAUAUAUCUCGAGUUGUGAACUCCAAUCACUUUGCUCGGUUGUCAAAGCUAUUGGAUGAUGAUAGGGUUUCUGGAAAGAUAGUUCAUGGAGGUCAAACAGACAAGAGUAGCCUGAAAAUUGCUCCAACUAUUGUUCUGGAUGCGGAGGAAGAUUCCCUCAUUAUGCAUGAAGAGAUAUUCGGUCCUUUACUUCUUGUAGUAACGGUUGAAAAAAUUGAAGAUGGCAUUGACUUUAUCAACUCAAGGUCAAAGCCUCUUGCAGCAUACAUAUUUACCAACAACAAGCAACUCAAACAGGAUUUUGUCAGCAACAUCUCUUCUGGAGCCAUAGUCGUUAAUGACAUUUCCUUACACCUUAUGGUGGACACAUUGCCAUUUGGUGGAGUGGGGGAAAGUGGCACAGGGGCAUACCAUGGCAAAUUCUCAUUUGAUGCUUUUACCCAUAAAAAAGCAGUUUUACAUAGAAGUUUUUUGGGAGAUGCUCCAGCAAGAUACCCACCAUACACAGCUGGCAAGCUUAGGCUUCUGAAAGCUCUUUUAGAUGGCAGUAUAUUUGGCAUCAUUCGCGCUCUUUUCGGCUUUUCGUAAAUGUAAAUCCGUAAUUUUCACAACCCGUUUGCUUUCAUUUCUGUUAAAAAGUUAAAAUGUUUCCGUUAUCUUUACAUUUGUACAACAUCGUUACAAACAAAAACAUGUGAAUUCAUCUGUAUGAU